AUGUCGAUAGAUCUCAACUGGGACACCCUGACAUCGGGGCCGGAUGGGGACGAGUUGGCCGGCCGCAUCCGCGAUUUUAUUCACACCAAGUUCCAGGCCGUGCCGUUGCCGCGCUUCAUCAAGUCGGUCAAGGUGCAUGAUUUCCAAUUUGGCAGCAUACCGCCCAAGGUCACGCUCAAGGAUAUUUGUGAUCCGCUGCCGGACUUUUACGAGGAGAUGCCCGAGGCUGACGAGCAGGACGACGAGGCCAGCGGGGAGGACGAUGAGGAUGCCGCUUCUGCUGCACCGAGCAAUGGUGUCGGUCACGCUCAAGGCGCGGACGAGGUUCCGGACGCCAUCAGGGCCGCCGAACGGAGGCGUAGAGAGGAGCAGAGGCGGCGCCUCGGCGGCUUUGGCCUCUCCAUCAGCGCCGGGAACAGUCCUAGGAGUGCAAGCCCGGCCCCCAUGGACCCCCUGGGCGGUGGCUUCAUUCACACGGCCGGCCUGCGCAGUGCGCCACAGACCCCCGACGUCGGCACGCCCUUUCUCGGCAUACCUGGAGGCACUGCCAAUAUGCACUACUUUCCGUCCCAUAUUGCUACCGGCUGGCCGUCGGGCACGCAGACACCACUCGCGGCCGUGGCUGGGGCCCAGCACCUAAAUGGCCGGUUCGAGCAGUAUUAUCCGGGCGGGUCAACAUCCUCGUACCCAGGGACCCCGUCGUCGUCCCAAGGUGGCCGGGUGGCCAACGGCGUCGGCGGUCACCACCGCAACCAUUCGCAGAGCAGCAGCUCCAUCAGCAUCCAGGACUUCCCGGCUAGUGCAUCGAGCGCGCUGUUGCGGGAGAAGCAUAGCGUCUCGACCCUGGCGCCCACGUCGGCGGGGGCCUCGAGACCCCCUACGCGGGACGCAAAUGCCGCUCUGACCGGCAGCGCUAUUGACGACGAAUUGGGGGAUGGGGAUGAUGGUGAAGAGGAUGAAGAUGAAGAGGACGAAGACGACGAGGAAAUGAGAAAGUUCCGGGAGCCCAGGAUCGAAGAUAUGCAGGCCGUGUUUCGCAUCAAGUACGCGGGCGACAUCAAGCUCAUGCUGACGGCCGAGAUCCUGCUCGACUACCCCAUGCCGAGCUUCGUGGGUAUCCCGGUCAAGCUCAAUAUCACGGGCUUGUCCUUUGACGGUGUCGGUGUUGUGGCCAAUAUCAGAAAACGCGUCCACUUUUGUUUCCUAAGCCCCGAGGAUGCGGUUGCUGCUGUGGGCAACGAUGACGACGACUCGGACGAGGAGGAAGAUGCACAAGGCGAGAAGAGACAGAAGGGCCGUAUGGGCGGGCUUCUCCAGGAAAUUAAGGUCGAGAGCGAAAUUGGGCAGCGCGAGGGCAUCAAACAGAGCCUCAAGAAUGUCGGCAAGGUGGAGCGCUUCGUGCUCGAGCAGGUCAGGAGAAUAUUCGAGGAGGAAUUUGUCUAUCCUAGCUUCUGGACCUUCCUUGUCUGA